AUGGCCGGCAUGCGAAACAUCAUACAACUCAAAGCAAACAUUGUCAAUGAGGAGGGCAUCGAUCUAACAGCGAUUCCUGCACCUAUGGUCCACCUCUCGGAUAGCGGUCGUUAUAUCAACACGUUUGGUAUGCACGUUCUUGAGUCACCCGAUGGUAAAUGGACAAAUUGGUCCAUCGCACGCAAUAUGAUCAAUAGCGAGAAAGCUUUGACAAAACCAGUUGCAGUGCCGCAACAUAUUGGAAGGAUGCUGAAGCUGUGGAAAGCAGAAGGCAAGGGCUGGCGUUGGGCUCUCGCCUUUGGCGUUCCUCCCGCUGCCAUAUGGCGUCUAUCUCAUCACUACCCGAUGGAGUAA